UCAUGCUGCUGCCAGGUCCAAGUGUGUCAUGGGUCCCUGUACGCCUCCCAUUGCUGCUGCCUCCAUCGCCACACUCUGCCAUGUGCCACUUUCAGGUCUCCUCACACUGCUGGUGGGUUCCAUUUUGUCAUAGGGUGCGGUCUCCUCACACUGCUGGUGGGUUCCAUUUUGUCAUAGGGUGCUGUAUGGCCUCCCAUUGCUGCUGCCAGGCCCCUAAUCUGCCAUGGGCCCCCGUACCGACUCCUCCUCAUGCUGCUGCCAGGCCCGUAAUCUGUCAUGGGGCCCCUGUACCGCCUCCUCAUGCUGCUGCCAGGUCC